GUGUCAAGCCGCUGAUCACUACAUUAUUGGCGCGCGCUUUGGAGUUUUACCUGUCUGCAGAAAAUGUCUUUCAAUUCAUCAAAAGCGCUGGAAACAGCCAAGUAUUUUCUAGAAGACAUCGAGCAUCCAGUCAAUGUGAUUCCAGUGGUGUUGCUUUUGCUGUGUUUCAUAUGGAGUGGCUCUCCUCGCUGUAAGCGUUCAGCGCUCGCUUGGUGGGCCCUCAUCAAUGGCUGCAUCAUACAUUGCUGGAUGGAUGGGGUUAUUGGUCCUUCCGGCCGUGGAUGGAAGUGGAUGGUUAUAGAGUAUGGCAAGUUGGAUACUCGUUACUGGCGAACUAAGGAUCCUUGUGUGAUGCUCAUUUCCUACAUGGAACUGGUUAUCAUGGGGCCUCUAUGCAUUUUAUGGUACAGAUCUAUUGUCAAAGAUCUUUGGUGGCGCCAUUUCAUGUCCAUCUUAGUGUCUACUUUUCAACUUAUGGGUGCCAUCUUAUAUUGUACCACAGAGAUUUAUUGCGGCUUCAAACAUGUUACAGUGGACUGGCCACCUACCUUUGACAGUUUUGAAAAGGUUUUCUACUUCUGGACUAUCUUUGUGUUUGCUAACAGUAUCUGGAUUGUUGUUCCAACCACUAUCAUGUUACAGACACUCUCAGAGAUGGGGGGAAUCUAUAAUCCUCCUUGCUCAAGUGCAAAGAAACGUAAUUAACCUUGGUACAAAGUCAUAGUGUUGAGAGCUGUAUAAGUGCUCAGUUGUGUUAUAGCAUUUGUUUGUUUGUUUACAUUUUAAUGUAUUAAGCAGGAUACCUGCUGUAAUGUUUUAGAUAGUACAACUACAAUUGGCCAUUUCACAGUUGUGUUCAGUUACCUGGUGCAUAAAUACAAGUGAGGCUGGAGGUGACCUUGUUUUGAUACAGACCUCUCUGCUUUUGUUGUUCUUAUGCUAACUAGUUUGAGAAAGGUCACAUCAAAGUCCACAUCACUUAGUGGACAACUGGGCCUAUGUAGGUGGUUGAAAUUUCAGUUUAUUCAUCUUUCACUCCUUGCAUGAGAACACCAUUGAACAUUUGGUUCCAUACAAUCAUAUUUAAUUAAACUCUUACAGUAGUGCACAAGAAUUUAUUGACAAAUGAUGUAAAUCCAAUCACGAAUAAAAAAUACACUAAAAUUGCUUAA